AUGACAAAUCCCUCAACGGAAGAAAAACGAAAGAGCAAAAGCCGUUUCUCGUUGAAGAAAAAGCUGUCGUCUACCAGGAAAAAGAAUAAGAAUCGUUCCAGCAAUAUCAAUAAGACUACCAACGGCGGUAAUGGGGAAGGGUCAGCAGAGUUUGGAUGCUCCUCUGGGAGUUUCCAUGAGCCUUCCGAAGAGUUGACGAAUCAGGCUCAGCACGACGAAUUGCAAUCAUCAGACGAAACGGAAGACAAACCUGAUACUCAAAAGCGGGAUCGUAGAAAAUCUAACCUUAAAAAUAAGGCAUUAUUAGGCAAUGCAGGCAAUGCAGGCAAUCCAAAGAAGACAGCAUCAUCUGAUAACAACAACAACAACAGCAACAACAGCAAGCGUCCAAACAAGAAAAAAUCAGCAGUUCCAAAUAACAAGGUUCCGAGUGGGCAUGCCCAGGUCCCAGUUCAAUCAAAUGUCCCAGCCAGUGCCUAUGGGCUGAAUAAACAAAUUAACGGAAAGAAUGUCCAAUACACGGUCAACGAAAAAGGUGAAUCGGUCCAAUUCUCCGUCAAUAAAAAAGGGGUUCCCGAGCUUUGGCUUCAGGUGGACCAUGAUCAGUGCCUGGUAUCGCCAAUGACCAUUGCUUCUGCCUCCUCUUCGUCGCUGUCGACGACGCAACAAAGUCUGGAUUCUCAACCCAUGAGCAGUUCCAAACAAGAUCUAUUCAUGAAGACAUCUCUACUGACCAUCGGAGAAGGUGGAAAACCAAAAGAAAAUGGUGUCCGGCCAAAAGUCAAUUCGCUCAUGGGGGAACGAACUUCUGAAAAUAUUGAGGACGACGGUGAGGAUGAUGAUUCGAUUGCUGCGGAAGAACAAUUAUUGAACCAAUUUGAUGAUACCUAUAAGAAGGCUGCUGCCGAAUUACCAAAGCCAAGGGCUAAGAAUAAGAAGGUUGCAGGCAAAAAGAAAAAAAAGAAAGAAAAGGAUAAGAAAAAGCGUUCCAAAGCAACCGAAUCGGGCGAUGAAGAUGACCGAAAAACCCAGCCACAGUCGAAUUCGGCCAUGCCUUCAGCCAAGAUCCCUAGUUUAGAGGAACGAUCAUCAAUUAAGCUUCCGCCCGCCAAGAAUGGUGGAAAGUCGGUGAAGAAAAUAAAGAGAAAAUCCGAAAAAGCUCGGGUCAAGGAUAUGAAAGCUAUUGCUGAAGACGAACCAACCAAGGAUAUGAAAGCUAUUGUAGAAGAACCAAUUUCACCUCCACCGGCUCCUCCUCGGCCGCAAACUACACCGCCAAGUGCGGGCGGUGGUCGUAGGGUCAGUCGAAGGAUACAGCGCAUAAACUCCACUCCCGCUUCCACAUUUUCAUCCUUGGACACUUCCUCGCCAGAGCCUAAGGAUAGCAAAGCUCGUGCUAGUGUUAUGUUGUCCCCCAUCAGGCAAGGUUCAUUAUCGAAAUCUACGCGUUCAUCCACUUAUGAAAGCCCUCGUCGAAUGAACCUCAAGGACUUGCGCAAACGCUUUGGAAGCCAACAAAGUGAAAUCUCACUCUCCUUAAGUCCGGCAGCUCGGGCAGCUGGCAGCUAUGGGGAAGUGCCAUCCGAGCUCCAGGCAUAUGGUCGACCAACGGAUCAGCGAAGCAAACGACCGGGAUUGAAACGGAAGGAAUAUCGAAUGUCACAGCGGUCCCUUCGAAAUCUAGAACCAGAAUCAAGUGUCUCAGACGAUGACCAAGAUGAUAACUUGGUCGAAUACUUGAAGAGUUCUAAUUACAAGCUAGACCUGUGA